AUGGCAGGUGGCGAAGGUGACCCACCACUACCCGGAGUAGACACUCAUUUCAGGCCGACGAUCUUUAGAAACCCAUCUCCAAUUGUUACACCGGUUUUAAAUGGGAGAGUAUUUGAAAUCCGGCCUCAGUACUUGGCUAUUUUACCAACCUUUAGGGGAGUUGCAUCAGACGAGCCUUACACACAUUUGAUUGACUAUGCAACAAUAUGUAGCACCAUUGGGAAACAAGGCUUUACACCCGACGAGGUAAAAUUACGUGUUUUUCAAUUUUCACUCAAGGAUAGUGCUAAACAAUGGUUUUCAACUUUACCAUCCGAUAGUAUUCGAACAUGGGAUGAAAUGCAAAGAACUUUUCUUGAGGAAUACUAUCCGAUGAGUAAAACUAGUGAAGCUCGAAAUGCUAUCAAAUCUUUUAGUCAACAUGUUGGGGAAACAUUUCAUGAAGCCUUCAAACGUUUUAAUGAGAUGUUUAGAAUGUGUCCUCAUCAUGACAUCCCUAAAUGGGAUUUGGUCAAAAAUUUUUAUGAUGGUUUAGUUACCGAGGAUCAAAAAGUUGUCUUUGCAUGUAGCAGUGGAACCUUUUUGACUCAUGAUGAGAAUUAUGAAUGGAACUUUUUAGAAACUUUAAGUAAAGGUUUAAAAACUCAAGCUUCCGCUGAUCGAAGUGUUAAACCACACCAAAUUAAAGUUGUAAAUGACCAACCUAGUAAUGAGAGGUUUGAUGCAUUAGAAAAGAAAAUUGAUAUGAUCUGCCAAAAGAUGGGAAGGGAUGUUUCUCUUGUUUCGCAGGUACAAGAGUUAUGUGAAAUAUGUGGAGAUAUGGGGCAUGUUGCUUUUGAUUGCCCUAUGAAUUUUGGAAGUAGUGAAGAAGUUAAUCAAGUACAUGGGGAAAGGAAUAUGAAUUCUAACACGUAUCAUCCCGGAUUGCAGAAUCAUCCAAAUUUCCGAUAUGGCAACCCCGCUAAUCUAAUGAAUCCUAACUUUCAAGGAUCAAGUCAACAAGGUGGACAACAACAAUUUCAGCCCCGUCAACAAAACUUUCAAGGUAACUAUCAAAGGGGGCAAUUCAAUCAAGGCUUCAAUCAAGGUGGGUACCAACAAGGAAUACCUCAACAACAAGGGUACUCAAGAAAUUACCAACAAGGUCAAAGUCAAAAUCAAAAUCAAAAUCAAGGCCAAGCAAGUUCGUCACAAGGAAAUGCAAACAAUGAAGGUUCAACCAAGUUAGAUGAGAUUUUAGGAAUCUUGAAAGGGGUGGUGCAAGAACAAGAAGUUCAAGGUAUAGUGGAGGAUGUUAGUGAUGAACCUGAAAGUGAUCAUGAAAUUGAUUCAAACUCCACUAAUGUCCAACCCAACAAAAUUCCUGAAAGCUUAACAAACCAAAAUGUUUUGAACAAAGAAUCAAUUAAGGCAAUGGAUAAGGGCAUGGAGGCUAAUACCGUCCCAUAUCCCUCUGCUUUAGUAAGUUCAUCAAAAACAUCAUCCUUUGGGAAAAAGGGGCCCCAAGCUGAAGAAAUGUGGGAAACUUUUCGUCAAGUGAAAAUAAAUUUGCCUUUAAUUGAUGCAAUUCGUCAAAUCCCAUCCUAUGCAAAAUUUUUGAAAGAUUUAUGUACUCAGAAAAGACAACAUAAAUUACCAAAGAAACUUGAUUUGACAGCUAAUGUAAGUGCAAUUUUAUCAAAUUCUCUCCCACAAAAACUUAAGGAUCCCGGGGCACCCCUCAUCUCCAUCCAAGUGGGUGAUGUUGGCAUUGAACGAGCACUGUUAGAUUUGGGAGCAAGUGUUAGCAUUCUCCCAGGGAGUUUAUAUGACCAACAUGACUUUGGUCCACUUAAACAAACUGACAUUACUGUGGUAAUGGCUGAUUUAUCACCUAAGCUCCCUAGAGGAAUGCUACAUGAUGUAAUUGUGAAAAUUCAAGACUUUUAUUAUCCCGUCGAUUUCUUAGUGCUUGAUUCUACAUCAAAACACAUAGAUAAACAAGCUAAUGUGAUUCUGGGAAGACCUUUCUUGGCUACAGCCAAUGCUCAAGUUGGUUGUAGGGAUGGGACAGUGGACCUCACUUUUGGGAAUAGGAAAUUGAGAUUAAAUGUGUUUGCUAAUGUUACUAACCCAUCUGUUGAAAGUGAUUGUUUUGUAGCGGAUGUCAUUGAUGGUUGUGUCCAAACUUACACUUCAUGUGUAGAGGAGGAUAACAACACCAAAGAAAAGAAUUUUGUUUAUGACAGGGAUGCUUUGGAAGAAAUUAGAAGCAUGAUGGAUGAGGAAUGCCCGGAAGCAGUUAUGGCAAUUGAAGAUGGGAGGCCACCAUGGACCUUGCAAGUAGAAAGCCUUCCUGAGCAUAUUGAUUCAAAGCUCAAGCCAUCUCUUGAAGAAUCACCAAAGGUAGAGUUAAAAGAGUUGCCUAAACACUUGAAGUAUGCAUUUUUGGGCGAAGGGCAAACUUUACCGGUGAUUAUUGCUUCAAACUUGCAACCCGAGCAAGAACAUGCAUUAGUGGAAGUAUUGUCAAAGCACAAAUCGGCUAUUGGAUGGACCAUAGCUGAUUUGAAAGGAAUUUAA